CUUCUGCCUGUAGCUAAAGAGCAGGUGCCCCCACAGAAGGAGGAGCGUGCCGUGAAGGCAGCGGGACAGACCCCUCGUGGGCGGUCUGGCUUCAGCGAUGACAAUUCCAAAUGGCUGGCUCCAGCCAAAGCCAAGAAAAUCCCAUCCAAAGGAAACAACGUGGAGUUAUCCAGUGAUGGUGAGGUGGAAGAGGGCAGCUGGGAGAUGGAGGAGGAGGAUGGGAGCAGCGACGAGAUGGUGGAUGAUUAUGGUGCCUUGUCAUCAGAAGAAGAAGAGUUGCUGCCUAUUGAAAAAGCUGCCCUGAAGCAGAAGCCUGACAGGGGAGGCACCAGUGAAGAUGACAGCGAAGAGGAAGAGGAGGAGGCAGCGAAAGAGGAGGCAAGCAGGCAGAAAACAGGACAGAAGGAAGAAGAGGGCCCAGAUCUGCAGCUCAACCUGGAUAUAGACGAACAAUUUAAACUGCCAACUAACGAACAGAUUGAGAGAGAGGCUGCCGAGCCACCUGACCUGCACAUCAUUCACCAACGCAUCAAGGGCAACAUGGAGGUGCUGCAGGACUUUGGAACGAAGCGGGAGGAAGGGCGCACGCGACAGGAGUACCUCGCGUUGUUGCGCCGGGACAUGGCUGCCUACUAUUCCUACAGUGACUUCUUGCUCCUGAAGCUCAUGGACAUCUUCCCUCUCCCUGAGCUGAUAAACUUCCUGGAGGCCAAUGAGGUUCCCCGCCCCGUGACCAUCCGCACCAAUACGCUCAAGACGCGGCGACGGGACCUGGCACAGGCGCUCAUCAACCGUGGUGUGAAUCUCGACCCCUUGGGGAAGUGGUCGAAAACGGGACUUGUUAUUUAUGACUCCUCUGUCCCCAUCGGUGCCACCCCUGAAUAUCUGGCUGGGCACUACAUGCUGCAAGGAGCCUCCAGUCUCCUCCCAGUCAUGGCUCUGGCACCACAGGAGAAUGAACGCAUCCUGGAUAUGUGCUGUGCCCCAGGAGGCAAGACCAGCUACAUAGCGCAGCUCAUGAAGAACACAGGCAUGAUCUUGGCCAACGACAGCAAUGCCGAGCGGCUGCGUAGCGUGGUGGGGAACUUGCACCGGCUGGGGGUCACCAACGCUGUAGUGAGUAACUGCGAUGGACGCCAGUUCCCCAAGGUGCUUGGAGGGUUCGACCGUGUCUUGCUUGACGCUCCUUGUAGCGGAACAGGCGUCAUUUCGAAGGACCCUGCUGUCAAAACCAACAAGGAUGAGAAAGACAUCCUGCGCUGUGCUCACCUGCAGAAGGAGCUGAUCCUUAGCGCUAUAGAUUCGUGUAAUGCUGCCUCAGAGACAGGGGGCUACAUUGUCUACUGCACUUGCUCCAUCAUGGUGGAGGAGAAUGAGUGGGUUGUAGAUUACGCCCUGAAGAAACGCAACGUUCGUUUGGUGGCCACAGGCCUGGACUUUGGCAAGGAAGGCUUCACCAGGUUCAAGGACCGUCGCUUCCACCCCUCCCUCAAGUCUACGCGACGCUUCUAUCCCCACACGCACAAUAUGGAUGGGUUCUUCAUUGCCAAGUUCAAGAAAUUCUCCAAUGCCAUCCCCCAGGCACAAAAAGAUGAAGAACCUGCUGUGACAGCAGCAACUCCGUCCGCUGUUCCUGAUACUGUCAUGGAGCCUCAGCCAAAAAAGAAAAAACUUGAGGGAUCAAAAGCUGGCAAAGAGCAGAAGCAACCACAGCCUGCUUUGAAGAAGAGGCAUUCAUUGCAGGCACAGAGGAGACCUUUGAAGGCUGGCCGGCCUUCUCCCAAAAUGAUGCGUCCUCAAGUCUCUACCAGGAAGAAACAUAGAGUGAAACCCAAUGGACAGUGA